GGCGCGGCAAACCCGGGACAAGCCGACCGAUUACCAGUGCUCUCCCGGAUCGCGUUCCGGACGCUCGUUCCGACAACUUCCCAAAUAAUACGAUCCAACUUCUCCGGAACACAAUGCCACACCGGAAGGCUUCGAAUGUUUCCCACUGAAAAAUGUGAAGUGAUUGUGUUCGGGUGACCCGUAUAGUAACAAUAGCCGACAGUGCCCGUUGCUUGAAAUAUGCCGUGUGUUAAAGGAUUGAACGCCGAUUUGUACGUUUAAGUUUCGUUUUGGAAUCGGAAUCUUAAAAUUUGGAUGUAAUGUAAGCUGUGGGAAAAAGAAAACUUAGGACAAAGGACCAGAUUGAAAAAUCUUCAAAAUGGCAAUCAUAAUAAGGGCAAGUGUGUUGGUGCUGGCCACGAUGGGCGGCGUGUCCGCCAGAGUCGCCGGCAAGAUGGGUGGCUAUUCAAACAAAAUGGGUGGGAAAUCGACAAGUGGUAUCAACGAAGAGAUCAUCUGGAUCAGCAUAAGCAUGGCGAUUGCGAUAGCAGUGCUUAUAGCAAUCGCUCUCUGCUACAUCUUGAAAGAGAAGUGCACGAGACGGGCGGCGUACCGCGAGCAAUCGUGACGAUACAAAGAGGAGUUCGCGAGGCAUGCCCUCACGGACUCCAUUGCUGAGCUUGAGUUUCCCGCCUAUACCCUCUACCCACAGUAUUCUCCGGAUGGAACUGAGUACUUUUAUAAUUUUCAUCGUUUUUCUUACUUGAGGGACAGUUUCAAAUUGCCUCCAAAAGAUUAUCUCGACGAGUUCGCAAAAGACUAUCCAUUGUGUGAAAAAGACGUUUAUAUCAAUGCGUGAUCAGCAGCGUAGAUUCGUGUAAAGUGGUUCAAUGAAUUUGUUGUAGGACAUAAAUAUAAAUAUUUGUAUAUUCUAUGCCAGACGUAACUUUGAAUUUAUUUAAAUAGCUAAAUAAUUAAUGUGUAGAUACGAAAUGUAGGUGUAUGUGUAGAUGAUAGUCAUUGAUGUUAGUCAAAUGGUAAUUCGAAGUGAAUGUGAAAUGUAUUAAUAUAUUUACAAUUAAAUGCAUGAAUGAAUACGAAUGUACUGCUACCGUUUGUACAUCUUUUGUAAUACAUUGAGAUCCGAACUGUGAUAGAUGUGGAUGUAAAAUUAGUUUUCUGCGACGAAUAUUAGAUAUGAAUUAUAUUUAUUUAUAUGACAUAACUAACUCUGAUACUUAUAACAGAAUAUACCUAUAAAUAUAUUUUUUCUGGACUUAAUAAUUAAUAUUCUAUCAAGAAGGCUAGAUUGCCCAUAAUUACUUAUUUAGUUAGUAAAGGCAAGAUGUACUUUAUGGAACCUCAAUUCGCAAAAACUUGGAAUUACUCCUUAUUUUCGCAAACAAACUUUUAUCGCUGAUUAUAUUAUUGGGCUGGAAAUAAUAUUAAUAAGGUAAUUUUGGCAAAAGUUUAUCGAUAAAUUCAAUUCGCUUAAUGCCUACAGGAUAAUUUGAUUUUUAAUAAACAUUGUAUAGCAGGUGAAUAGUUACACACCAAUUUCACUCUUUCAUCACUCGUUUAAAACAUAAAAAAGUAUGGCAUAACUUCACAAACGCUAUACAACGUUUAUUACAGGUAAUUGUACAAAUAAUAAUGAUUAUUAUUUUUUAUUAGUUUUUUUCGAAUAUGUAUAAGCUCAAACUUUUGAUAAACAUUAUUUUCUUUGCGAUGUAUAAUGA